UCUCCGCGCCUGGGGGGGAGGGGGGUCGCGGCAGACUCGACGGCCUCGGACCCUCCGUAGCUGGGAUGAGAUAAGCAGCCCGCGCUGGGCCAUGUAUUGGAAGAGCGACCCGAUGUUUGUGUGUAAACUCGAAGAAAAGGACGUGCCGGAGCUGGCGGUGCCCCCCGAGAAGUGCCCGGGGCUCAUGUCGGACGAGUGCGGGCGGACCGCAGCCCUGGCGGCCACGAGGACUCGGAAAGGCGCCGGGGAAGAAGGAUUGGUGAACCCGGAGGGCGCUGCGGACGAGGACUCCUGCUCCUCUGCCCCGCUGUCCCCGUCGUCCUCGCCCCGGUCCAUGGCCUCGGGCUCUGGCUGCCCUCCGGGCAAGUGUGUGUGCAACAGCUGUGGGCUGGAGAUCGUGGACAAAUACCUUCUCAAGGUGAAUGACUUGUGCUGGCACGUCCGCUGCCUGUCCUGCAGUGUGUGCAGGACGUCCCUGGGAAGGCACUCAAGCUGUUACAUUAAAGAUAAAGAUAUUUUCUGCAAACUUGAUUAUUUCAGAAGGUACGGGACGCGCUGCUCUCGGUGUGGGAGGCACAUCCACUCCACUGACUGGGUCCGCAGGGCCAAGGGCAAUGUCUACCACUUGGCCUGCUUUGCUUGCUUUUCGUGCAAAAGGCAGCUUUCCACAGGAGAGGAGUUUGCACUGGUAGAAGAGAAGGUCCUCUGUAGAGUGCAUUUUGACUGCAUGCUGGAUAAUUUAAAGAGAGAAGUAGAAAAUGGUAAUGGGAUUAGUGUGGAAGGUGCCCUCCUCACAGAGCAAGACGUGAAUCAUCCAAAACCAGCCAAACGAGCUCGGACCAGCUUUACAGCAGAUCAGCUCCAGGUUAUGCAAGCCCAGUUUGCUCAGGACAACAACCCAGAUGCCCAGACCCUCCAGAAACUGGCAGAAAGGACAGGCUUGAGCAGACGUGUCAUACAGGUGUGGUUUCAAAACUGCAGAGCCCGCCACAAGAAGCAUGUCAGUCCCAACCACUCCUCCUCUGCCCCUGUCUCUGCAGUCCCACCCUCCAGGCUGUCUCCACCCAUGUUGGAAGAAAUGGCUUAUUCCGCCUACGUUCCCCCAGACGGGACCAUGCUGACUGCGCUGCACACUUACAUGGAUGCUCACCAACAACUCCUGGACUCCAGCCCUUGUUACCCCAUACAGUGACAUAACUGUCAAUAAGUCAUACUUAAUUCCUUUUUUCAGGGAUAGAAAUGAUUGAGGAUAUAAACUUGUCAUUUACUAUGUAUAAAAUACCAUUGAAAAGAUAUUAAUGUUAAUUUUCUUAUUUAAUACCCAAAGCAGUUCCAACACUAUUUUGCUGCCCAAGUAUGCAUCUAUAGUUGGCCUGCAAGACACUUUUAUUGAUUAUUCAUUUUUUUUGUAAAAUUUAUGUUUACAAGAAGAAAACAGAUCAAAACUUUUUUUGUAUUGUCUGGAAAUAGUUCACUCUAGUGUGUAUCUGUUAAUUUAUUUGUCAUCAAAAGAGCACUUUGCCGAAAAGAAAGGACUGAAAGUGUGCAAAAUGUUUACAAUCUUUUGUGAAAUUGUAGUUUAUCACUAGUUUGUUCUUGUAAGUUAUUGUUAUAAAUAUUAUCUGUAUUUUUGUCAUAUACAACUUCAUACUUCAAGGGUUGCAUCUGUGAAUUUGCAAUUGAGAUUGAUUUUGCCAAUGUUUUCUGAAUGAACCAAGGAGAGCUUCUCUCCUUAGCAUGCAAAGCACACAAGACUGUGUUUGCAGUUGGAGAAUGAAGGCUGUAAAUAACACAAUUGUUUAA